AUGUGUCUGUCGGGUGGUGGGCACAACCGUGUGUGGACAGCAACCUUGAUAACUUUAACACUUGGAAGCUGGAUCGGCAAAGUUGGUCCACGACCAGCAGACGGAGAAAUAACACCCCUGACUUCCACCAGGGAAAGAUUAGAAACUGUACGACAGGUACUUGCUGAAGUGCCUCUAAUUGAUGGACAUAAUGAUCUUCCCUGGAAUAUCAGAAAUUUCGUUCAUAAUCAACUCGCCGAUUUUGACUUUGAUAAGGAUUUGCGACAGGUGGCUCCCUGGAGCAAAAGCGCCUGGAGUCAAACUGAUCUUCUCAGACUCAGGCAAGGGAUGGUCGGCGGUCAGUUUUGGGCUGCGUAUGUGCCAUGUGAAUCACAGCACCUCAACGCCGUUCAGUUGACUUUGGAGCAAGUGGACCUUAUAAAGAGGCUCAUAGAGAAAUAUUCUCAACAUAUGCAGUUCGCUGCAUCCUCCAGGGAAAUCCUGGAAGCCCACAACAGGGGUAGGAUAGCAUCUCUAAUUGGGGUGGAGGGUGGGCAUAGUCUAGGGAGUAGUCUAGCGGUUCUAAGAACACUGUACCAAUUAGGAGUACGUUACCUGACUCUUACGCAUACCUGCAAUACGCCAUGGGCUAAAAGUUCAACAGUGGAGCAGGAUGAUCCAGAGGAAGGGGGCGGUUUGACGGCUUUUGGAAAAGCAGUUAUUCGAGAGAUGAAUAGACUAGGGAUGCUUGUAGAUUUGAGCCACACAGCAAGGGCGACUAUGAGAGAUGCACUGCGAACAAGCAAAGCACCCCUUAUAUUCUCACAUUCUUCGGCCUUCGCAAUUUGCAACUCCUCGAGAAAUGUGCCCGACGAUAUUCUCAAGCAGCUGGCUGCUAACAAGGGUCUGGUGAUGGUCACAUUUUACAACUACUUCGUGAAGUGUGGAGCCGAGGCCAGCGUGACCGACGUUGCAGAACACAUUUAUCACAUUAGGAAUUUAAUUGGAGUGGACCACAUUGGAGUUGGUGGAGACUUCGACGGCAUUAACAAAACCCCUCGAGGACUCGAGGACGUUUCCAGGUAUCCAGAGUUGUUUGCAGAGCUUCUUCGAAGCGGAAAAUGGACUGUACUUGAUCUCAAAAAAGUAGCCGGAUUAAAUCUAUUGAGAGUUUUGCGGCAGGUGGAAAGGGUGAGAGAUGACAUGAGAACAGCGGGUGAGAUGCCAUCGGAAGAUUUACUAGAUUCUCCAGACACAUCGGGGAGUUGUGCGCUAGACGUAAAUGCAGUGCCAAGAGUCGUGGAGGUUUAA